GUGAUGCCUACCGUCGCAAAAUGUACGCCAGCAUUCGAAAUGAGUGUUGCCCUGGCUGGCGAAGAGACCGAUAUGGAAGGUGCUCUAUGGCGAUAUGCAGCACUUAUUGUCCAUCAUCACGUGGAUCAUGCAUCAGUCCUAACGUGUGCCGGUGUAAGCGUGGAUACUAUGGUAGAAGCUGCCAAUAUGACAUCAAUGAAUGUCAGAGUGAGUCAUCCAACCAAUGCGCACAGAUUUGCAUCAACACGGUCGGGAGCUACCGAUGUGAGUGCAACACUGGAUACCGUCUGGACAGCAACGGUCGCGGCUGCUGGGACAUCGAUGAGUGUACCAUGUCUCGCACCCACGAUUGUCACCAUAGGUGCGUGAACACGCCGGGUAGCUACAGAUGUGAAUGCUAUCGGGGAUACAACCUGCGAGCUGAUGGAAAAGAAUGUGGAGAUAAUGACGAAUGCGCCAGAAUGAGUGACAACUGUGAACAAAUCUGCAUCAACUUAGCAGGAAGCUACCACUGCAGUUGCUCAAUGGGAUAUGAUCUCGUGUCUGGUAGACAUUGUUCCGACAUAGAUGAAUGUGAACUGGGAAGACCGCAUCACGACUGCGAUCAGAUUUGCACCAAUGCCGCGGGCACUUUCAACUGCUCGUGUGCAGAUGGUUACCAACUUGGGAUGGACGGCAAAACGUGCCUUGAUGUAGACGAGUGUGCACCUCCUAUGAAUUGUGACAUGAUCAAAAUAUGUGACGUCACAGAUCAAUUACAACCAAACUGCUCCUACGUCAGCGGUAGCGUGACUGACAUCGGUGAAUGUGAUGAUGUUAACGCGUGUUCAGUCGUAGACUACAACUGCACCGAGUUGCAGGUCUGCCAGCUGAUAUCACUGACACUCACUUGUGCGUGCAUUGAACGUGAUGGACACGCCCUGACGGAGAGUAGUAGAGCUGUUUCUGGCAGUCUCUCGGCUGACCCAUCCUCCAUACGACGCUGUGAGACUGAUGCAUACGGGAGCCUCAACUGCGCCUUGUAUCGAGGCUACCAACUCAUCAUUGACAACACGUUCUGUGAAGACUGGAUUAAACAUAACUGCACGGAGAUGCAAGCCUGUAGAAACACGGUGGGCGGUUAUGAAUGUCCGUGUAAAGCCGGGUACAUCACGAACACCGACACCCGGGAAUGUGAUGAUAUUGAUGAGUGCUCGACUGACUACAUGAACUGUCCGGAGGAAAAGGUCCAGAUCUGUCAGACCGACGUCAAUGGGACCAUCGAAUGCCGUUGUGUCCGGGGAAGGCUCGAAGAGUGUCGCGGUGAUAAUUGUGAUCUGUGUGAUGGCGGUGUGCGGGUAUGCCGUGAUGACAACACAUGCACCUGCUUUAGGGAAUACUUCUUGAACACGGACAACACACCCUGCAAAGGAGGAGGAUGUGGGGAAAUGAUCCAUGACUGUACCGAGAUGGAGAAUUGUGUGAAUACAAUCGGAGGGUACAACUGCACAUGCAUUGAGGGCUACGUCAGGGAUGACGUCAGUGGAUAUUGCGCAGAUGUGAACGAGUGUGAUGAUGGAACAGCCCUGUGCAACCAUAUUUGUUUGAACCUCAUUGGUAACUACUCCUGCGCAUGUGUAGAGGGCUUCAUGCUAGACCCGGACGGCUACACGUGCCGCAUGCGUGUGGGCCUGUACGGCUUGGUAAUACAGCCCGAGGAAAAGCAAGCUCUAUGUAUCGUGCUCAUGUAA